AUGACUCCCUGGCAGAUUCUUCAAGCAGGCAGAGCAAGGGCGGCUCAGGGUUACCGCUUUCAUCAUGGACCUGCAGCUGCAAUGCAUUACAACUCAGCCCCGGUGCAUUUCCGCUUUGCUCCAGUGCAUUACAACUCAGCCCCGAUGCAUUACAACUCAGCUCCGGUGCAUUACAACUCAGCUCCGGUGCAUUACAACUCGGUUCAGUGGCAUUACAACUCGGUUCCGUUGCAUUACAGCUCAGCCCAGAUGCAUUACAGCCCAGCCCAGAUGCAUUACAGCUCAGCCCCAGUGCAUUACAGCUCAGCCCAGAUGCAUUACAGGUCAGCCCCAGUGCAUAACAGCUCAACUCCAGUGCAUAACAGCUCAACUCCGGUGCAUCACAGCUCAACUUCAGUGCAUCACAGUUCAGCUCUGGCAGCAGAUGCAGAUGGAGCAACAGAUGCAGACACAGAUGCUUAUGCAGAUGCAUAUGCAGACGCAAACAGCAGCGGGAGCUUCUAUCCGUCUGCAGAGAAAUCCAUCCUGCAGCAGCUGAACAAGAGGCUGGCCUCGUACCUGCAGCAGGUAGGAGAAACUCAAAGAACACACACAUAAAAAAAAAACCUCAGAUGGAUCCAGCAGAAGCUGCACAAAACUGACAAAUGUUGAUGUUUAUCAGUGGUUUCUGACUGGUACCAGUGAGGAAAAAGAAAAUAAUGACAGCAGAGUAUUCAGACAUGUCAUGUUUGUUAUGGAGUUUCUUGUAUCUGCUUUUGUUCGAUAAUACACUUAGAAAAACAGAGCAAAUCAUCUCUGCUGCUGUAACAACAAGAAACAGAGACUUUCAGAUCUCCACUUUUGAGAUCAGGCCUUUCAAGUCCUUUAUAAACUGUAACAGUCUGAAAAUUCAAGUACUAUGGGUGUCUCUUUUUGUGAAGCUGAAGACAGACUUUCCCACUGUAGACAAACAAAGUUCAUUCAUUCAUUCAUUCAUUCAUGAGUUUGAUAUCAGAUAAUAUCAGGUGGUUUCAUACUGUAUCAUGCUGGGCUGAACAGGAUCAGAAAGAUAUGAGCUGUAACCUGAGGGGCUGAAACCCCUAGAUUAAAGGAUGAUCUGAGUGAAUGAUUAAGACAAAAGUAGAAAAUGAGGCUGGCUGAAAUUGUAUUACAGUGGUCAAUUUCUUAACCACUGAUCAGCUGUUCAAAACAGAGGGGCUGAAAAUGUCCUAAUUUGUGUCUGUCCUCUAAUUGGUGGAAACAGGUUCAUAGUCUGGAGGCGGCCAAUAAGGAGCUGGAGCGUCUGGUCCAGGAGGAACUGGACAAGAAGUGUCCAAGCAAGCUGAAAGAGCUGGAGGGAUACCUGAGGACAGCGUCUCUGCUGCAGGACCAGGUAUGUGGGAAAAAUAAACAAUACUGUUAAUGAAAAUACAGCAAUAACAAACAUGAAUACAACAAUAAAAUACACAAAUAAAUAAAGAACAACACUGUGCAAAUCAUUUAAAUAAAAUGAUCAAAAAUGUAAUCAGGUCAGUUGUAACACAGACAAAAUAAGCAAGGCCAGAGGGCAGAAGUGAGAGCUGAUCACAAGCCUGGAGCACCUGUGCAGGCAGAGUGAUGAUGAAGUCAAACCUGAAGCGUCUCCAGCCGGUUUAGACUCGUCAGUGAGUUCUGCUUCUGUUUAAAGGUCAGACCUGCUGAGACGAGUCUGAAUCUGAAGAGACAUCCAGUCACAUGUCAGAGAUUUCCAACAAAGAGGGUUUUAUUGACAGUGCUUGACUCUGAAUAGAGAAGUGGCAGCAGGUUAUACUGGAAUCUGUUUAUGAGGACCAUCAGUCCACCAAACUCAGGCGGACUUUAUUCAAGUGACUCGCUGUCUGACAGGUCCGUACACAUGAUGCUUAAAACCUUCUGACAUGUUGUUGACCUGUGAAAUUGACUUUGAUUCACCUUCACAGCUGAAUCAAAAAUAACAACACAAACCUGGGCGACCUGUUUUCUUUUCGUCGCACUCGAGAUGAACCAAACACCUUUAACCUUUGAGUAAAUCUCUCUAAACAUUCAGAUCGACAUGUCCAUGCUACAUCUGUAUGUAUCUGUUUAUUCUCCUCACAGGAAUAACAAAAUCAAGUCUGCAAGUCAAAAAGCAAAAAUCAAUCUAAGACCAAAAUGACAAAAGUCACGUCCAAAAGUCCAAACGUCCAAACUCUAAAUCAAGUAUCUAAAAUUACUCACCAAGUCAUGACAGAGAAUUCCAAAGUGAGAUCUAACAAGUCACCAUUUAAGAUCAACAAGUCCCAAGUCGUCUUGUCAUUACCAUUAAAUCUAGAAAAUCCAAGUCACGUCCAAGGUCCAGAGUUUCUACCAUCAUAACCAAAAGACAGACCAAGUCCUAGGUGAAAUUCAAAAGGAAAACACUGUACUUCAAGUCAAGACAAACAAGUCAAGAUUAAAACAUCCACGUCAUGAAUUAGAAUCAGCUUUAUUAAGCUGUCAUAAUUAAAAUAUUUUAAGUCAAGACCCACAAAGACAAGUCUAAAGAGUCUCUAAACAAAAUCAUGUAAAAUCAUUAACCACAAAUCCCAAAUCAAGACCAUUCACUCCAAAACAAGACCAGUACUAGUCAAGUCCCAUGCCAAGACCAAAGAAUACCACAGGUCUCAAGCCUCAUCUUUCAAGUUUAAAAUAAGACCAACAAGUCCAAGUCAAUCCCAACACUUGACAAGCCAACUGUCAAGUCCAGUCUAAUUAAGCCUAUAGUCAAACAAAACAAGGUCAAGUCAUGAAGUUAAACUGACAAGUCAUGGCAAAGACCAGAAAUCUUCAGUGUAGACCUGCAUACCAACAGGUCAAGAUUCCUAUCCCAAGUCAAAACCAUGAACUAUCACAAUUCAGGUCCCAUUCAAGUCUUCCUAACUUCCAAGUCAAGCUCACCAUCAAUUCAAAACCAACAAGUCCCAAAGUUUAACAAAAAGUCGAUCGGCAGCAGAAAAUACAAGGACCUGACCCAGACCCAAGUUAAACACACGUUCCACCCUCCUUCACCCUUGGGCAAGCAUGCUCCUGUUUCAUUUCCUCUCUCACCCCCUCUCUCCCCUAGAUAGGUGAGUGUCUUCAGUCCCAGGCUCAGGUGAAGCUGCAGCUGCUCAGUGCAGAGCUCACCUACUGCGAUCUAAAGGACAGGUAGACAUCCUCACCUUCAAACACGGAUAUUUAUACAGCCCAUAGGGAGAGAUAUCCCAUCAUGCCCUGCUGUGUGCUCAGGUGUGAGAGGGUGCAGGAGCAGCAUGGUCGUCUGGAGGCGGAACUUGAUGACCUGAGAUUACUGGGGGAGGAGCUUGAGGUCCAGACGCUGCCUGAGUUACAGAGGAGGAUCAUCGACCAAUCAGAGCAGAUGAUGGAGCUGCAGAAACAACACCAGCAGGUAAACCACAACAACAAACCUUGACAAUUCAACAUGGCUGUACUGCUGGUUCUCUUUGUGCCUGUUCACCUGUUCACCUCUUAACCUGUGCAGGACUCACAGGGUCUCCUGGCCCAGGUGUCAGGGGGUGUCACAGUGGAAAUGCAGACCAGUUGGAUGCCACACCUCAAAGAUCAGCUGGAGGACCUGAGACCAACCAGGGAGAGUCUGAUGGACAAGACCCAGGAUUGGUUCAGCGCUCCGGUACACACAUCCGUACACACACCUGUACAGCACACUCAUAGCUGUGAAGCUCUGUCACCAUCAGACUCUGUUAUUUCAUGAUGAUGUCCUUGUGGUGUCCAGGUGUCACUGCUGAGUCACCCUGAGGUGACAUUUGACUCUGCAGCCCAGGUGGAAGUGGAGUGGGCGGAGCUAAAGGAGCUGAGGAGGACAGCAACAGGUUUGAUGGAGGAGCUGAGUCAGCUGCAGGCUGUGGUAAGAGACAUAGAUGUAUUCAAUAACAUACAGACAGACCUGAUUUCUGUAAAACAACCCACUGACGAUGCAGAUACACCUGAGUCAGGUGACCACAGAGCAGGAAUUUAUUGUAUAAUAUUAAUAACAUGAAUGCUUAGUGUGUUGUAUGUAAAAUUAUAGAUUUAUAUGCCAUGUGAUGUAACAUAAUAUGUACGUGAUAUGAAUGUUAACAUCCCAUUUUACAUAUAUUACAUAAAAGAAAUAUAUGGUAACACUUAAUUUGAUGCCUAUCUCUAUAACGCAUUAUAAACAUAUUUAUAAAACAUUAUAAUCAUAUUAUAGCACUGAAUAACUGUAGUUAUAAACACUCAUAAAUUAUCAUAAUGGUUUAUAGCAAUAAUCACAACAAAGCAUUUUAUCAUGACUUACAAGGUCAGGUAUUAUAAUAUGUUAUAACUGUUACCAACAGUUGCAUUGCAUUAUCUAUGUGGGCAUUAUCAGUAAGUUGUCAACAGUUAUAACACAUUAUGAUACCUGACCUUGUAAGUCACAAUAAAAUGCUUUAUAAUGUGUUAUGAUUAUUGCUAUAAAGCAUAAUGAUGAUUUAUGAGUGCCUAUUACUAUAGUUAUACAGUGCUAUAACGUGAUUAUAAUGCAUAAUAAAUAUAUCUAUAAUGCGUUCUAGAGAUAGGCGUCAAAUAAAGUGUUACCAAAUAUAUGACUUCAAAUAAUAAGCAUUAUAUCAAUUAUAACUAUAAUCAUUAAUGUAAUUACUGUAACAUACGUGCGCUAUUUUAAAUGAUAUAACACUGAGUCUGUAUGUCUGUGUAGACUCAGUGAUCUGGGUCAUGGAUACCCACAGCUUGAUCCCCUUAUAACUGUGAAAGACUCCAGGUAUCUGUCUCUCUGUCUAUUCUUGCAGAAUACAGUCUUGGAAGCCUCCGGUGUGGAGCAGACAGAGUCCUUUGUCCUACAACUGGAUGUCCUGCAGCAGAGAGCAGACAGACUGUGCAGAGACCUGGACUCGGUGCUGCAGGCUGAAGCUCAGCAGGCUGCAGACCAUCAGGCCCUGAUGGACAUCAAGAUCAGACUAGAGACUGAGAUAAGCGACUAUAGAGGACUUCUGGAUGAACAAGACGAACAAAGGUGCGAGUUUAUUUUUCGUUAUAUCAUACCAUAUCAUCCAAAUGUGUCUUAAACAAAAUAUUUAGACUUUUCUAAGCCAGUUGUCUCACCUGUCUGUGUCCUGGUUUUCACAGGUUCUCAAGUCUGCUCACAAAAUCUGUGAAAAAUACCCCAUCUUACCAAAUCCCAGCCAGCCCCUCUGCUUCUAGGAGGAAUAUCACUGUAGACAAAAUAGGAGGAGCUCAGGAAGGAAAUCUGUGGAUGAAUCAAGGUCAAACUGUCUAUGAAGACAAGAUCCACAGUGUCAGGAAACCACCCGUAGCUGCUGCACUCCCAGAGACCACCACCAUAAGCCGGACAGUCAGGAACAUCAGCAAACAUCCAAAAGGUCAAGCCGUGAGCUCAGUCAACACCAUAUAUCGGACAGGCUCUUUCCAUCAGUCUGAAAACAAGGCGAGUGUUGGGUCCCAGGUUAGUCAAAGUUUCUCUAAAGGAGCUGCCAUCGAGACCUCUAAACCAGAGAUAAAUCCUUCAAACACCAUCCUGCUCCCUGAAAAACAAACCACCACAGAAACCCCCAGACAAAAAACAAAAGAAAACUCUGUAAUAGGUACAGAUAUAUAUGAUCCCAGCGUACAAACCACUACAGAGGUGAAGAUAGAGACAGAAACAAUCAUUUCUUUGCGAGCAGAUUUCACUGAGGCCUCCAUUCAGACUGAAGACCAGGAUCCAGCUCAGGUAGAUGCCUUUGUAGAAGAUGUUGAGGGAACUGCUGAUCCAGCAUCUAUUGUCUCUGAGUCUCACAGUCUAAGGACUAAGGAGACUCAGGGUCUGAUCUCUGCAGAGAUGUUCUCAAUGGAUGACAAUAAUCGUGAGAGAGGGAACAGCGAAGAAGAGGGAGAAGUAACACGAGAGGAAGAUGAUUUCAUUCUAAGAGUAAUCCAGAGUUCUGUUAGUGAUUCAUUCAGUAAUGGGUCUGGGGAUGUCAGUCAGGUCACAAUGGACCUUGCAAAAACUGAUGAUGAGAUUGUUCAUCUAGAGGGUAAAGAAACAUUAUUUGGCACCACAGAGUCCAAAAACUCCUCAGACUCUGGCCUGGCUUUGUCCAGCACUGAAGAUUGUCUGAGUCCAGAAGAAGGUCCUGUGUUCAUGAACCAAACAAAGCUGGUCACAAGCCUGAGUCCAGAAGUUUCCCUGAGCUCUGAUCAGACUGAUGUGUUACUAAGUAUCACUGAUCAAGUUUUCAGUCCGCUUGAUCUGGAUUUACUGAGUCCCGAUUCCCUCUUGAGUCCAGAGGACCCCUCUCUCAGCCCAAACAACGGCACAUGUUUGAGUCCAAUCCAGACCAAAGAGUGUCCAAACUUUGGAGAGGAGGAUGAAGAUGCAUGCUUGAGCCCAACUGAGACUCAGGUCAGACCACUGGAGAAAUAUGUCCUCACCACAAAAGAGGAGGGCCAGUCUCUAACAUUCAGUGGGGACCAAGAUUCACCAAAAGAGAACAGGCACUCGAAGGUCAGUGUUCCACUGAGAGACGGUGACAAGGUGCGUCUCAGAUCAUUUGAAGAUAACAAAGAGAACAGAAUUAGUCUGAAUGGCGCUAAUAAGUCUUACAAACAAAGCAGCAGAGGGACAGGGAGCCACCCAAGUGGCCCAGGGGAACGUAGUGUCAUGGCAGACAAAGAGGAGCAGCUUGGUUUCAAAGGUCUGUAUCGAAGGAAUAAGGACAGUAAACAAAGUCCAAGAGACAGAAACGCAGGUACGGGGGACAGUGCAGUCAUUAAAAGUGGCAAGAGUCAAAACGGUGGAUCCGGGGGCUCCUAUCGUCCAGAAGAGAACAGAGAGAACCAAUCAGAGGCCUUAGUUCCAGCGGUAAGCCAACCAGAAUCACAGAAGUUAAGUAAGAGAGGAAGUGGGGAGUGGAUGGUAUAUAGCACUCUAGGGUGUCGGGGCAGCCUGGACGAUGGCAGCAAUUUACCCAAAGAAGAGAAAGAGGAAGGUCCACCAAUGGCAACAAACCUUGCAACAAGCCCACCGGAAACUGGGAGGUUUGGCAGCAGAGGGAGCGGAGAGUGGAGAGUCUAUGGUGGGAGUUCUGGGCGGAUAAGCAGCUCCCCUAACACAAGAAGUGAGGCGGCUACGCUGUCCGCAACAAGCUCACUGGAUAAAACAAAGAGUGGAGAGCAGACAGUCAUUAGUGGAGGUCAACCAACAGCCCUGGCCCUGGCAACAAGCCCCCCAGAAACAGGAAGGUUUGGCAGCAGAGGGAGCGGGGAGUGGAGGGUCUAUGGUGGAAGUACUGGACGUAUGAGCAGAUGGGCCGGCAGCAGCAGUUUACCAGAUGCAGACAGCAGAGAAAACCCAUUAGCAAAUAUACGACUAUCAAGAAGCCCACCAGUAAGAAGUCCAUCAACUCUGAGCCCACAAACAUUCAGCCCACCAUUAAGAAGUCCACCAGCAUUCAGCCCACCAUUAAGAAGUCCACCAGCAUUCAGCCCACCAUUAAGGAGUCCACCAGCAUUAAGUCCGCCAUUAAGAAGUCCACCUGCAUUAAGUCCGCCAUUAAGAAGUCCACCAGCAUUAAGUCCACCAUUAAGAAGUCCUCCAGCAUUAAGUCCACCAUUAAGAAGUCCUACAGCAUUAAGCCCAACAAGAGCCAGCCCACUGACAAUACCUCGAACUGGAAGAUUUUCAGGUGGGGGAAGUGGAGAGUGGAGGGUCUAUGGUAGGAGUCCAGGACGUCUGAGUACUGCGGGCAGUGCAGACAGUGAUAUUGCAAACUGUAGACGAGUUAUCAGCCCACCGAGCAGCCGUACAGGCAGUGCACAGAGAAUGAGCAGCUCUGGGAGCGAAGGCAGGCUCAGCUCAGGUGUGGUAAGGCGUAGCAGUAGUGUCGGCAGCGGAGGCAAACUCAGUGGCCCAUCUGGAAGCCACAGGAUCAGCAGCGCUGGGAAGUAUGGUAGUGCUGGCAGUGGGGAAUGGAAGCCAGUUUACAGCUCUGCUAGUGGAAGUAAGAGUAGUGCAGGGAGUACAGGUGGCGCAGGGACCAGCAGCCAGAGAGCCCCCAGUCCUGGUGGGAGAGUCAGCACCAGUAUGGGCAGUGGUGGUCGGCUGAGCAGUUCCACAGCAGGCAAGAGUCACACCAGUAGUGCUGGGAGUGGAGGAGGAAGCAACGAUAGACUAAGCAACCAAUCAGGAGGGAGGAUCAGCAGUUCCUCUGGGUCAGGAAGAACCAAUAGCAUGGGGGGGAGGGUCAUCAGCAGUAGCAGCCGGUCUAAUAGGAGCACAGGCAGCGGGGCCGGGGGCAGCAAGGAGAGGAUCAGCGUCUGCAAGAUGGCAGCUCUGUCAAUCUCAGCAGCUGGGCGGGAGAGAACUCAUGAGAAGAAAAAACCCCAAGCUACAAAACAACAGCAACAGCAACAAAAACAGGCUGCAGGUGAGAGCAACCCCUUGAGAUUAAACAACAAUAACAACAAAAUAACACGAUAACAUCAACAACCAUCAAAAGCGAGGAGGUCUGAACACCAAUAUGUUCAAAUAUCAAAACUGUGAAUCUUCUGUUCUUUCUCUCUGCAGACAAGUCUCCUCUGGUCCAGCGCUGGCUGUUUACAGGGGUCGCUGUUACCAGCGCUGACUCUGAGGACCUGGAUGACAUCAUGCAUCUCUGA